CAGCUUUGUUUUCCCACAGAUUCUAGAAAGCGUUUUUUUGCCGUUGUAACUUUCCCAAGCCUCAUUUGAUUUCUCAGCACCAAGAUGGCUGAGAUCGGAACGACUUUAAUCGCAGCUGACUACAUUGUCGUGGUGGUAAUGCUGUGCGUGCCAUUAGGGAUAGGCGCUUUCUACGCGGUCAGAGACAAGAAAUCUGCUACGAGAGAGGAGUACUUGUUAGGUGGUCGACGAAUGGGGCUCUGGCCUGUCACCCUGUCGUUGUUUGUCACUUUUCAGUCGGCCAUAUCUCUCCUGGGAGUUCCCACAGAGAUCUACGUAUACGGCUGUAUGCUGUACAUCAUCUACUUCGGUUUUGCUUCAAGUUUCCUCAUAAGCGCCUUCACCUUCGUGCCGCUCAUGUACCCACUUCGCCUGACCAGCAUGUUCGAGUACCUUGAGUUACGGUUCGAAUCCCGGCUUCUUCGCAAACUGUGCACCGUGGUGAGCAUGCUGAGCGUGACCUUGUACAUGGCUGUGGCCCUGUUGUCUCCUGCCCUAGCCCUACAAUCGGCGGCCAAUCUUCCCCUAUGGAUGUCUGUGGCGAUCGUAGGUGUUAUUGGGACGGUCUACACCACCAUCGGAGGUAUCAAGAGUGUCUUCUGGACGGACGUAUUCCAGGCAAUCAUUAUUUUCAUAGGGGUAUUCGCCAUCAUUGUUAAAGGUCAGUGAUUUUAAAACAACUUUCUUGGUGAUUGGUGAGUGCUCUGCUGUGGUUUGCUCUUUCUUUUUUAAUUGUCAAACGUCUAUCGUAUCGACCUUUAAAUCUCUACCCCUUUUCUUUGUAUAUUAUUCUCUAGUUAUACCUCUUGCUUCACAUUUUUAUGGCCUAUUUUGUUGCAAAGAUCCAGAUUUUCUUAAACAAGUGUCUAA